UGGCUUGGUCUCGUUUAUUUUAGUAGGCCUAGCCUACUACCCAAGCAAAUGUGUAUACUUGUGUGUGCCAACACAAGUUUACACAAGCAACUGUACGAGUGCAGGAUGCUGAUUCAGGAGUUUAUAAUUCCUAACAAGAGGGAGGUUCUUGAUGUGUGUGCGCUCGAGUUACAUUUUUAUUGGAAACAGACAGACAGGGAGAGAGAGGGACUGAUAACACGCCGAGACAUGAGGCUGAACAGAGUGUAUAAAGAGCCACAGAACUAUGUGGACUAUCGAGAGGAACGAGAGACGACCGCAGUGAGAGCACCAGGAAACACUGAAUUACCUGUGGAGGAACUGAGAAAGAAAGAAAAGGGAACGUAUAAACUUCGCUUUCAUUCAUAGCUGUUUCAGCCACUGGACGUCUCAGAAGAUUGCUGAGAUGGCUUUGAACCACAGUGAGCUCCUUUUCUCCUCUUCUCUCUUACACCUCAUCACGCCCUCAAUCCCAGUUGCCAGUCUGUCUUUAAACACAUCAACACCGCAUCUAGCCAACUCUGGAACAAUCAUGAGCAACAGAGGUGGGGCAAUCGCUGGUGCUGCCAUCCUCGGCCUCGUGUUCCUCCUUGGCGUUCCUGGGAACGUCUUCAUUAUCUGGAGCAUCCUGGCUCGAGCUCGCCAGCGCUCCGUCACCACCCUCCUGAUCCUAAAUCUGGCCUUCGCUGACGGGUUCCUCAUGCUGCUGACGCCCUUCUUCAUGGUUUAUUUGGCAAAACGCAGUUGGAUUUUCAGUGAGGCACUGUGCAAAGUCUUGUUCUAUCUCUGUUGCACCAACAUGUAUGCUUCUAUAUUGCUGAUCAUGCUGAUGAGUUUGCACAGGCUGGUGGCAAUAGUGUGGCCGAAACGUGUCGCCGCGCUGACGGACCACAAGGCCCUUACACGGGUGCUGGUGGGACUCUGGGUUCUUGCUCUGGGACUCUCAGUGCCUGUCUUGGUUUUCAGGACCACAAAUGGGAACGGCACCACAACUGGGAACAGCGAAGGGCCUUUUGUGUGUGACUGCAAGCACCCACAACCACAAUAUGUGGUGAUGCAGUACUGUAUGGAAACAGUGCUGGCCUUCUUGUUGCCGUACGGUGUGAUCAUAGGCAGUUAUAUGUGCAUAUUACGCAGAAUCCGCAAGACGCGCUUUCGCAGACGCAUCCGCAGCGAGAAACUCAUUCUGGCGAUCAUCAUCACCUUCGGACUGUUCUGGCUGCCCUACCACAUCAUAAACAUGGUGCAGGUGGCUGCUAUAUUACACCCAAAAGAUUCUCCAGGAAAAGAAAGACUAGAUAAGAUCUGGAUGUCGCUGCGAGCGCUCACCUCCACCGUGGCCUUCGUCAGUAGCUGCAUAAAUCCUGUCCUCUACACCUUCGCUGCAAAGUCGUACAUCCGGAGGGAGGGCCUGGCUUUCAUGGCUCGGCUGUUCGAGGGAACGGCGCUGGAGUCGUCACGGAAGGGACGGCGGAGCAAUCAGAACAGCCGAGACCGAGAGAAGGAAACUGAUGAAGGAGAAAGUCUCAAAGACAAAGACUCAGAUUCCAUCACUACCCCUAACGCGAGCUCGAUUAUUAAAGUUGUGCUACAGAAAAAUGGAAAAUGAGCGAAUGACUGCGAAAUUCAAUUUACGGUCAAAGUUGCGCUGUAUGUUGUUCCAGUGUUGCAUGGCGAGUUAAUCAGGACAGCUUGUUCUUUUAAAACAGAUAAAAGUGAAUCCAAGUUUCUUUUAUAAAAUAAAAACUUUGUACCAACUUUAAAAAAA